AUGACUGCACACCCACUCAUAGAGGCAGGCUCAACUGUUAUGUUGCGCGCUGUAGAACUUGAAAAACAGUUAAAGCUAACAGAAAGUUUUGUGUGCUACCAAGAAAGUAUUGGCCUGUUUAUCAAAGCCCUUCGAUCUCUAUCCGGAAGCACGCAGUUGCAAUUCAAGGAAAGACUUAAACAGAAAAUAUCUGAAUAUAUGUCACAUGCAGAAAAGCUGAAAGAUAAAAUUAGAAACGAGACGGCAACUGGAAAGUAUCAUGAGCAGAUUACAAUAGAAGAAGGUGCUACCGGUUAUGGCUACAAAAGGAUUUUCGGAAGAUUUCUUGAAGAUGGUUCAGUUAGCGAAAUUUGGGUUGAAGACCCAUACAUCAGAAAUAGUUUUCAAAUUGAAAACUUUUCCCACUUUUGUGAAGUUGUGGUCAGUUCAGAGUCGAACGUCAAGAAUAUUUAUUUGACGACAGGAUCAGAUGUCCACCACUCAGAUGAACAAAUUAAAAAAUUCCAACUGUUGAAAGCUGAUUUAAAUAAUCAUUCAGUAUGUUUUGAAUGGACAUUUUCAAAUUUACUACAUGAUAGAGAAAUACGAUUCGACAAUGGUUGGAUUGUUAAAAUCGGUCGUGGAUUAGAUUAUAUUCGUCGUCCAGUGCAUAAGUUUUGUGGAUUAGGCGUUCAUGAUUAUGAAUUCAGACAGUGUUCUGCUACAACUGUAGAUAUUUUUCAUUCUUCAACUAUUCGCUGA